ACCCUCUGUCACUGCUGGUGAAAUGUCAAUCGGUUUAACCUCUUUGGAGAACACUAUGGAGACUGCUCAAAAAAUAAAGAAUUGAGUGUCCAGGGGCUGGAGUGAUAGUUCAGCGGGCAGGGCAUUUGCUUCGCACGUGGUCGUGCUGGUUUUGAUUCUCAGCAUUUCAAAUAGUACCCUGAGCACUGCCAGGAGUGAUUCCUGAGUGCAGAGCCAGGAGUAACCCCUGAGCAUCAUCAGGUGUGACCCAAAAAUCAAAACAAACAAAAAAGAAUUGAGUGUUUAUAUGAUCCAGCAAUUCUAUUUCUUCGCAUCUACCUGAAGGACCCAAGAACACCAUAUUCAAAAGGCGUUUGCAUCCCUCUGUGCACCACAGGACUAUUCACUACAGCAAAGACCUGCAAACAACCCAAAUGUGGUUGGCUGAAUAAAGAAACUGUGGCUGGGCAGCCCGGCCCCUCCCCAGAGUCAGCCCCCGCCCCCUCCUUCACGGCCGGCCAAUCCCCGCGGGGAGACCAGCCGCUUCCGGCCGGAGAGGGCGGGACCGGAAGCGGGCACCCUCGCUGCGCCUGCGCCGCCAAGAUGGCGGACCUGCACCGCCAGCUGCAGGAGUACUUGUCGCAGGGGAAGGCGGGCGGCGGGGAGGCCAAGGAGCCGCUGCUCGCCCCGGGCCCGGCGACGGAGAGCGCGGGCGGCGGAGAGCCGGGCCGGGCGUGGCUGGAGCGAGUGGGGCUGCGCUGGGCGCGGAGGGAGCCCGCGGCCGCGAGCCCGGGGUGGCUGCCCGGCCUGGGGCGCGCGCAGCGCUGGGCGGCGGCCGGCGCGUGCCUGCUGCUGGCCGCGUUCUGCCUGGGCCUGGCGCUGCUCUACGCCCCGGCCCUGCCGCUGCGGGCGCGCAAGUUCGCGCUGCUCUGGUCGCUGGGCUCGGCGCUGGCGCUGGCGGGCGGCGCGCUGCUGCGGGGCGGCGCGCCGUGCGGGCGGCCGCUGUCGGCGCCCGCGCUGCUUUACGGCGUCGCGCUGGGCGCCACGCUGUACGCCGCGCUGCGCCUGCGCAGCACGCCCUGGACGGCGCUGGGCGCGUGCGCGCAGGUGGCCGCGCUGUUGGCCGCGCUGCUCGAGGCGCUGCCGCGGGGCGGGCUCACGGCGCUGCGCCUCGCGCUCGGCCGCCUGCGCCCCGGCGCGGCCCGCGCGGCGCUGCCCGUGUGACGCCGGCGGAGCCUCCCGGCGGCCCCGCCUGCAGACGUGCGCAUCGGCGCCGGGAAGUCGUCGCUGGAUGCAGUUAACAAGGAGAAAAGGAAGUGACUCUACUCUCCAGUGCACGAGAACGCAAACGUUUCCGAUGAGAUUUUCACUCCCGUCCAGGACUGUUAAAGAGCUCGUUGGUUCAGACAGCGUAUCCUUCGGGCUCUGCUUUCCAGGAAUCUUAAGAACACCGCUGGUAUGGAGAAUUCCGUUAGCGGAGUGAUGGACCAAAGAAGGAAGCCUUCUGCCCCAAAGAAACAUGUGGUGUGGUCCAGUAAGAUGCCAAAAAACGUUCAGCAGCGCCCCGGGCUCGACCUGCGGACUUAGAUCAUCCAGAAUCCUCGUACUAGAAGUAAUCACGGACCUUAUCAUCCGCUUCUUUUCAUUUUGGGGGCCACACCUGCCUACAGUGCUCAGGACUUACUCUUGGUGGACCCCGGGGACCAUAUGGGCUGCGGGAGACUGAAUCAGGGUCCGUGUAAUGCAAACAUCUACCCACUGUACUGUCAUUCCGGCCCCUUGUUAUCUGCUGUUUAUUCGGCAAUUGACUUUAUACCUAAUGCACUCUAAGACAAAUAGUGGCCAAGUCUUUUUUUUUCCAGUGAUGCUGGGUUAUAACUCCUGGCUCUGCUCUCAGGAAUUACCCUGGCGGUGAUCAGGGGACCACAUGGGAUGCUGCGAAUCGAACCAGGGUGAGCCAUGUGCAAGGCAGACACCCUUACUCACUGUACUAUCGAUCCGGCCCCAUGGCCAAGUAUCUUUGUUAUAGGUUCAGCACUUUUGUGUUUUAAAAAGAUUUUGGUUACACCCAGCUGUCCUCAGGGUUAACUCCUGGCUCUGCACUCAUGGGUCACUCCUGGUGGUGCUCAGGGGACCUCACGGGGUGCCAGGGUCAGUGUGCAAGGCAAAGACGCCACCCACUGUGAUCUUGCAUUUAUUGUCAGUAUGGGCCCAGUAUUCUAAGUCCAUGAAACUAUUGUUGUCUAUAAUAUACACUAACUAGAAAGUAAAAUGUAAAGUCUGUGCCAGUGGCUCACGGUUCCCAUCGGGGUUCCUGGAUGAUCACCUCUGGACAGUUCAGUGAAUUCUGGCGUUGGACCUCCAUGUAUCAGUUUCUUUUUUUUUUUUUUUAAAAAAAAGCAUGUUCAGCUGAAGCUGAGAUUGGCCUUUUGGUUCGUUGCUUUGCACAACUUGUCAAGAAUGGUUUUCAGAAUUCCUGUGCCAACUUAAACAUUUCUCAGCACUGGAGUGUCCUUUGUUGACAAGAAUAAAAAUCUGUUCCCAUGACUUCAUCAGUGAGUUAAGCCCAAACCCAGAAAGUGACCUAAAGUGACCCACAAUGCACUGUUAGGUUUUCAGAAUUCUCUAUCAUUGCUUGUUCUCCAAAUAAACAGAUACCUACCUCAAGGGAAUAGUCAAAUGGUGAGGGUGUUCUUAGGUUAGGGGCAAAUAUUUACCAGAGAUUUUUCAACCAGAAAUUGGUGUGUACCACUGGGUGCUGUUUUAUUUUGAAAUUUUUUUAGAUUUAUGUGACUAAAAUUUUUAAUAGGAUUUUAUUUAUUUUUUGCUUUUUGGGUCUCACCCAGUGAUGCACAGGGCUUACUCCUGGCGGUGCUCAGGGGACCAUAUGGAAUGCUGGGAAUCGAACCCGGGUCGGCCGCGUGCAAGAUAAACGCCCUACCUGCUAUGCUUACUUAACAGCAUUUUAAUCUUGGUGCUGUUUUUAAAAAUUUGCUUCCCAACUUUAAGAAUUCAAGUUUGAAAAUAGUUUAAUUUUCACAAUGUUUUGUAUUUUGACAAUAUUUUAAGUAUUAAAAUAUUUUAAAUGUCUGUUAAAUCCCCCUUAGUUGUUUUAAUACAUAGGACAUAAUUUUCCCAAAAUAAAAUUUCAAAAUAUGACCUUGCUAGCUGCAGAGUGCAAUAAUGUGUGUUUAAAGUUACAGCUUAAUUUUAUUGAGACAAUAAAGUUCUUACCACAUGAA